GCGCCACUCCACUCGGCACCGCCACCGCCCACCACCACCUCGACCCCAACUGACUCCUCCUCUACACACAACCUGAUCAUCCACCAACUGAUAGUCGACCAUGUUACUCUGCGCACUCGUCGCUUAUGGUACCAAGAUACUCACCGAGCAUACCAUAGACUCAACCAAGAACUUCUCAAAAGCAAGCUCCACGAUCCUAUCCAAGAUACCUCCGAAUGACUCUCGUCUUACUUACGCCGCAGAGGAUUAUCUCUUUCAUUACAUCAAGACCCACGAUGUCGUUUUCAUGUGCAUGUCCGAGGAAUCCCUGGGUCGUAAAAUCCCUUUCACCUUCCUAAACGACUUGCAACGAAAGUUCUUCAACCAAUUCUCUCGCUCCGACUUACCAUCCACACCUCCCUACGGACUGACGAGCUUCAACCCAGAACUAGUCAGCCUCCUGACCAGCUACAACCUACAAGCCAGCGAACCAAACCAACCCGAGCAGCCAGGCCCAUCAGGAUCGAACCAACAGAUCAAUAUCGCCCGCUCCGAACUGGCUAGCGUCAAAGAUAUCAUGAUCAAGAACGUCGGCGAGAUCUUGAACAGGGGCGAACGCAUCGAACUUCUACUCGACAAGACCGACAACCUUAGCGCUCAGUCUAGCGCAUUCCGUAAGCGGAGCCAGGUCCUCAGGCGUAAGAUGUGGUGGAAGAAUACUAGGAUGAUCGCUCUCAGUGCGAUCGUCGUCCUCAUGGUCAUCUAUAUCCUGCUCGCCCAAGCUUGUGGGGCCAGUCUAUCCCACUGUAGUUCAUGACCUCAUCAAUCCUCUUUCUUCACAACACUCGCCGAUCCUUGGUUCUCUCUACCUUGGCCCGAUCUCUCAUCUACAUAUACUCUCAACCAACCCGAUACACGAUCAUAUCCUCACCAUAACAAGUUCCUGUUUUCCCAUUACGGUUUCAGUCUGAAUGCUCGAUAGACCAUUCCCAACUCGCUUCAAUCGUCCUCCUCCUUGCGUGAUUUAUCAUCUCACAUUCACAUUUUCCUUUCCUUUGAUUUAUACUUUUAUUUAGAUACACAUAACUAAACAGUAGAGCUACGACUGAUAUGCAAACACAAACCGAUAUUGUAUUCUAGCUUCACUAUGACCUGACCUUUCCUCUUCUUUGACAACCAUGCAAUAUAAUGUACGUGUGUAAUUUGUAUACCCG